AUGAGCUCUUUAGACGUCUUGCUGGUCAUAUUUUUAUCAAUAUUGACGACAGUGCAGUCCGCGCUAUAUCGGUUCAUACCCGAAGAUUCUGAUGUAUUUGUGGAUUGUGCGGAUCGACCAGAAAUGAAUGGAAUUAACGAUUGGGCAAAUAUCUUAGAUUAUUCCUUUGACGAUGAGGGAAUAAUACAUGCAAGGGGAACUGUAACAAUCCUUUGGGAUAUUGAGCAAACUGAUCGCGUAACGAUGGAUAUCGAAUUAAAAAAGUAUGCACGCGGCACCUGGGACCAAACUUUCUUAUCCGUAAAAAUAAGCGAUUUUUGCAAAGAUAUGAGAGAUACCAACUCUAUGGUCUAUGAUUCAUGGUCGAAACACAUUACUCUGGAGGAGGGGGAGGAGAUUCCAUGUUUGGGGAAAGGUGUAGAAUAUCAUCAUGAACCAUUUGUAAUGAAGGCCGAAUUUAACGUGAAAGGUAUAAAUAUGGAAGGACGGCACAAAUUGGUUUUCAUUUUACACGCAUAUGACAAAAAUGAUCGACGUAAGCCAAACAGUAUUUGUUUAGAAGUUCCGGGGGAGAUACUUAAGGUGUAA